AUGUCAUUGGUGGUAAAGGUAACAUUGGUCGAAAUGCGGUUGCUACAAAACGGCAUGCCCACAACCGUCUAUGUCCGUUCUCCAGUGAGGGUUACUAAGCAACAUCUCGUCAAUCAUGACAACACAUCUCUUCUCGACGUAGUGCAAGGCGACUGCGAUGAUAAGGAGCCCUUUAUACGAUCGGUCCUAGGUCAUUCACGACUGCUCCUUUUGGCUGUCGACUAUAGCAGUAUGAUCCAUCUGAAAACCGAGUUUGCCCGAUUCGCUAAAGAAGCGGGCGACAAGCAAAUUAUCGACAUUUCUUCACAGGCUGUAUCACUUGAAUGGCGGGAUCCACACACGCAGCAUUAAAAAAUAUCAUUCUUGAUCGCGCCGGACCAGGUCAAGCUUUUGUCGCCCUUGCGACCUGCAAAGUUCAUGACGAACCACAUCUGGGAAGAGCUCGAGACAAUCAAAAUUCGCA